UGUGUGGAUGUAAUGGUGCUCUAGAACUGUUUUUAUACCCCUGUGCCUCAGCCAGCUGAGCAUCCAACUCAAUCUUCAGAGUCUUCACAGUUCAAGCACCGCCUACCAAGCAAAACGAAGCAGAUCAAAAAGACUGCCCGCCGAGCAGAGGUGAAAGUGUAUCAGUUAAGUGCAUCAUGCGUCAUUCCAAGCCGCCGGUGAAACUUGCCAUGCUUUUACUAUUUCCCUUGCUGCUUUGUUGCGGUCUUGACAACAUCCGUUGCUCGACACUCCAUGAGAACAGAGAAGAUCUUCGCGCACUGCUAGAUUUCAAGCAGGGGAUCAACGAUCCAUAUGGAGCCUUAAGCAACUGGACGACCAAAACCCACUUCUGUCGGUGGAAUGGUGUGAACUGCAGCUCGUCACGACCAUGGCGAGUCACGAAGCUCAACCUCACUGGCCAAGGCUUAGGUGGCCCAAUCAGUUCAUCUCUUGGAAACCUUACCUUCCUUGAGACUCUCGUGCUAUCCAAAAAUAACCUUAUUGGCCCCAUACCUCUUCUUAACAAGCUUCAACACCUGAAGACCCUUAUUCUUGGUGGCAACUCUUUACAGGGUGUUAUCCCUGAUGCACUUACAAACUGUUCCAACUUAGCCUAUCUAGAUCUCUCGGUAAACAACCUCACAGGUCCUAUUCCUACUAGAAUAGGCUUUCUUUCCAAGCUAGUAGCCCUUGCACUUGAAAAUAAUAAUCUCGACGGGGUCAUCCCACCAGGCCUCGGAAACAUUACCACCUUACAAAAAUUCAGUCUUGCAGAAAAUAAUCUCAGCGGAACAAUUCCUGAUGACAUUUGGCAAAUGCCAAAUAUAACGGUCGUGAUACUAGAUGGAAAUAAACUAUCUGGUAGAAUCUCACAAAAUAUUUCUAAUUUGUCUCUUCAGAUGCUGUCCUUGACAUCCAAUAUGUUAAGCAGCACAUUGCCAUCUAAUAUUGGCGAUGCACUCCCAAAUCUCCGAACACUAUGGCUGUCCAAAAAUAUGUUCGAAGGUACCAUACCAGCUUCCCUGGGAAAUGCUUCAGAUCUAGAAGACAUUGAUCUAUCGGAAAAUCAUUUCACAGGCCAAAUCCCAAGCUCUUUAGGAAACCUUUCUGGACUGUAUGAUCUAAUCCUUGAGGACAACAUGCUUGAAGCAAAAGAGAACGAAGGCUGGGAAUUCUUCCAUGCCCUAGCAAAUUGUAGAAUUCUAAAGGUCCUCUCAUUAUCUCUGAAUCAACUUCAGGGAGUCAUACCUAAUUCGAUUGCUAACCUGUCUACCAGUCUUACAAAUCUAAUAAUGGGUGGGAACUACCUAUCAGGAACAGUCCCGUCAAGUAUUGGAAAAUUUAAUAAAUUAAUAAAACUCUCACUGGAUGGCAACAAUCUUACAGGUACAAUUGACGAAUGGGUCAGGAACCUGACGAGUCUUCAACAUUUAAAUCUUGAAGUGAACAACUUAAUUGGGACAUUUCCACCUUCCAUUAGCAGUCUUACUAACUUGACAUAUCUGUCUUUGGCAAACAACAAAUUCACUGGUUUUUUGCCACCUUCGCUGGGAAACCUUCAAAGAAUGACCAACUUUAACCUUAGCCAUAAUAAAUUCCAGGGUGGCAUACCUGUUGCAUUUGGUAACCUCCAACAACUAGUCAUAAUAGAUCUUUCAUGGAACAAUAUUAGUGGGGAAAUUCCUGCUACACUGGGCCAAUGCCAACUACUUACCAUCAUUGAAAUGGGGCAAAAUUUGCUUGUAGGAAUCAUCCCAACCACCUUCGAUAAACUAUACAGCUUAAGCAUGCUCAAUCUUUCCCAUAACAAAUUAUCAGGCCCCUUGCCAGAUUAUCUAAAUGAUCUAAAGCUUCUUAGUAAACUUGACCUAUCUUACAACAAUUUCCAAGGAGAAAUACCAAGAACUGGCAUAUUCGAUAAUGCUACAGUCGUUUUACUUGAUGGCAAUCCGGGAUUGUGUGGAGGAUCCAUGGAUUUGCAUAAACCUUCAUGCCAUAAUGUUUCUAGAAGAACAAGAAUAGUAAACUAUUUGGUGAAAAUAUUGAUACCGAUAUUUGGGUUCAUGUCCCUCCUAUUGUUGGUUUACUUUUUACUCCUUCACAAGAAAACUUCAAGUCGAGAACAACUAUCACAGCUUCCUUUUGUUGAGCAUUUUGAGAAAGUUACUUACAAUGACCUAGCCCAAGCAACAAGGGAUUUCUCAGAAUCUAACCUGAUUGGAAGAGGAAGCUAUGGUUCGGUGUACAGUGGGAAAUUGAAGGAAAACAAGAUGGAAGUGGCUGUAAAGGUUUUCGACCUUGACAUGCGAGGUGCAGAGAGAAGCUUCUUGGCAGAGUGUGAAGCACUGAGAAGUAUUCAGCAUCGAAAUCUUCUUCCGAUAUUAACUGCCUGCUCAACUGUAGAUAGCGCAGGCAAUGUUUUCAAGGCUUUAGUUUAUGAGCUCAUGCCUAAUGGCAAUUUGGAUACAUGGAUUCAUCAUAGAGGGGACGAGGGAGCUCCAAAGCAACUGAGCUUGAUUCAAAGAGUAGGCAUAGCUGUCAACAUAGCUGAUGCAUUGGAUUAUUUACAUCACGACUGCGGAAGGCCCACUGUCCACUGUGACUUGAAGCCCAGCAAUAUCCUUCUAAAUGAUGAUAUGAAUGCUCUCCUGGGAGAUUUCGGCAUUGCACGUCUCUAUGCUGAUCCUCAGUCAAUGUGGGCAGGUUCGAUUAGUUCAAUCGGUGUGAAGGGUACAAUUGGCUAUAUCCCUCCAGAGUACGGGGGAGGUGGCCAUGUGUCAACGUCUGGUGAUGCUUACAGUUUUGGUGUAGUGUUAUUGGAGAUUUUGACUGCCAAAAGGCCAACAGAUCCUAUGUUCACGGAUGGACUAGACAUCAUCAGCUUCGUGGAGAACAGUUUUCCGGAUCAAAUAUCUCACGUUAUCGAUGCCCAUCUUGCGGAAGAAUGCAAGAAUUUAACUCAAGAAAAGAAAGUGACAGAAAAUGAGAUUUACGAGUGCUUGGUGGCUGUGCUGCAAGUAGCACUGUCUUGCACGCGCUCAUUACCAUCUGAACGGUUGAACAUGAAACAGGUAGCAAGCAAAUUGCAUGCAAUCAAUACGUCAUAUCUUGGGUCGAAAUACAAAUAGCUAGGAUGAGGCUACUCCGCCUCGAUCAGAAGUGUGAACUGUACAACGUAACUAGAACAAGUAUUCUAGCGUUCCCUGUUGGUUUUGAUCGACUACAAUAGAAUAAAACUAGCCGUCAUGUGCUUUGUAACAUUUUUCUAUAAGGGACCAUUUGGAUCUCUUCUUUUGGAGGAAUUGAAAUCUACAUAAUGGAUUACACUAUAUUGAGAUUUGGCUUCUAAGAUU